UGUCAGUCGUCCCGGGCGGCCGCGGAUCCCGCAGCGGCGACGGGGCCGUGGGUGUGAGAAGGAAACGGCGCCGACCCGCCCCUGGCACCGCGACCCUCUAAAAGCCCCGGGGCCGUCGCACCGGGACCAUGCCCGCCCCGGCCGCCCGUGCCCCCGGCGACUGAGCGGAGGCAGCGGGGCCCGGCGGCCGGGAUGCCCCGGCGGAGCCCGCUCGCCCUCGGCCUGCUCGGCCUCGCCGCCUGCCUGCUGGCCGCGCCGGUGCUGGGCUGCGGCCCGGGCCGGGGCCCGGUGGGGCGGCGGCGGCUGGGGCGGCGGCAGCUCUCGCCGCUGCUCUACAAGCAGUUCGUGCCCAACGUGCCCGAGCAGACGCUGGGGGCGAGCGGGAAGGCGGAGGGCAAAGUGCUGCGGGGCUCGGAGCGCUUCAGGGACCUGGUGCCCAACUACAACCCCGACAUCAUCUUCAAGGACGAGGAGAACACGGGGGCGGACCGGCUCAUGACCGAGCGCUGCAAGGAGCGGGUGAACUCACUGGCCAUCGCGGUGAUGAACAUGUGGCCGGGGGUGAAGCUGCGGGUGACGGAGGGCUGGGACGAGGACGGGCACCACCUCCCCGACUCGCUGCACUACGAGGGCCGGGCGCUGGACAUCACCACCUCUGACCGUGACCGCCACAAGUACGGCAUGCUGGCGCGCCUGGCUGUGGAGGCCGGUUUCGACUGGGUCUACUAUGAGUCCAAGGCACAUGUCCACGUCUCCGUCAAAGCAGAUAACUCGCUGGCUGUCCGCACCGGUGGCUGCUUCCCUGGCCAUGCCACUGUGACCCUGCGGAGCGGCGAGCGCCGGGGCCUGGCCGACCUGCGCCGGGGCGACUGGGUGCUGGGUGCGGAGCCGGGUGGGCGCCUGGUGCCCACUGAGGUGUUGCUCUUCCUUGACCGUGACCUGGGCCAACGCGCCUCCUUCGUUGCCAUCGAGACAGCCAGCCCGGCGCGCCGGCUGCUCCUCACCCCGUCCCACCUGGUCUUCGCAGCCCGCGGAGCAGCCAACAGCACGGCUGCCUUCUUGCCCGUCUUUGCCCGCCGUGUGCGGCCGGGCGACGCGGUGCUGGCCCAUGGGGCUGGCGGGCAGGGGCUGCGCCCCGUGCGGGUGCUGCGGGUCUCACGGGAGGAUGGUGUGGGGGUCUUCGCCCCCCUCACCUCCCAUGGGACCCUGCUGGUCAACGGGGUGCUGGCAUCCUGCUAUGCUGUCCUGGAGAGUCACCGCUGGGCCCACCGCGCCUUUGCCCCCCUCCGCCUCUUCCACGGGCUCCUCUCGCUGCUGCCCACCCGCGCCGAGGUGGACAACGGGACGGUGCCGGAGACGGGCAUGCACUGGUACUCCCGCCUGCUCUACCGGCUGGCUGGGGGAGUGCUGGGCCAUGAGGUCCUGCAGGCGUAGGGGUCCCCCCAGCCUCCCGAGUCGCUGCACUGCACACCAUGCCACACACACUGGAAGUGGGGGCCUCUGGCCCUGGGCCCCCCUUGGACUGCCGGGUGCUGGGGAGGAGGGAGAGGGGCACCCCCAGCCCCAUGGGGAAGUUGGGGUGCCUCUCAGCUCAGUGCUGCCUGGGGUGUGUGGGGUGGUGGCGAUGGGGUCCCUGGGUGGGGUGUUGUGGGUUGCCCAUGGACCUGGGCUCAGCCCCCUCCCAUGCCCCAGAGCCCCCCCUACAGCACUGCUGGGUGCCUGGCCAGUCCCCACGCUCUGGACCCCCGCACACUCCCCCUGUAUUUAUUGCUUUAUUAACCGCUGUGUCUGGGGCCGGGGUUGCUGCCUGUCGAGCCAAGGCUGGGCACCACCGGCCCCUGCCCCAGGGCCAAAUCCAGCCCAAGGGGGGGGAUGCCAAAUCAGCCCAACACCGAGCACCUGGCAGCAGUUCCCACCCGUCCCCCAGCUCUGGGGCUGUCCCUCUGUCACCCAUGGUGUCCCCGUCCCCGUGCAGCUCAGUGCUGCAGGGCGGCUGGAUGGGGUGUCUGCUGCAGGCACGGGCACCCUGCGCCGGGCCCGGCUCUAACCACGCUAACCGCUAACCCGCCCUGCUUGAGAGUUUUAUUUUUCUAUUUAUAAAUGGUAAUAUAAAUGUCCCCCCCCCACACCCGCCCUGGCAGCGGGGCCCGCCCCACGCGGGCAGGGGACCAGCCUGCUUUUAACCACUUCUGUUAAAAAAAAAAAAAAGAAGGAAGUACUACUAUUUAAUUGUUUUGGAUAAAUAAAGAGACUCUAUGGCC